AUGAAGGUGUGUUGGUGGCUGCUGGUGCUAGCGCUGGGCCUGACCCGAGGCGACACAGACUGGAGCAGUAACUGCCCCAGCAUCUGCAAGUGCAAAUGGAACUCGGGCAAGAAAGUGGCGGAAUGUACAAGUCAAGGACUGUCCACGGUCCCGGACCGUCUCAGCCCCGAGGUGCAGUCGAUAGACUUGUCGGGCAACACACUGCACUCUCUGCCCAGCGAGGCCUUCAGGGCCGUGGGUCUGGUGAACCUGCACAAGAUAUACCUCCGCGAGUGCGGCAUCGUGGAACUGCACAAGGACGCUUUCAAAGGUCUCGAGAUCCUGAUAGAACUGGACAUCUCGAACAACAGGAUACACAGUCUCCACCCGGGAACGUUCCGGGACAACGUGCGUCUCAGGAUACUGAUGAUGCACCACAACCCCAUCACCAAGCUGGAGGACGGUCUGUUCACCAACAUGACGUACCUGCAGACGAUAGACGUCACCAACUGCCAUCUCUCCCACAUCGGCCACAAGACGUUCGUCAACGUGCCGGUAUUGCACAACCUGCUGUUGGCGGACAACGGUCUAGUCCACAUGAAGGUGGCGGUGGUCGAACCCCUGACGCGGCUCGUGAGUCUGGACCUGCGUAACAACCCCUGGCGCUGCGACUGCCACCUCAAGGCUUUCCGCGACUGGACCAUGGAGAAGAACCUCAACGCGGACCCGACCACGUGCGCCGAACCCUCCUACCUUGCCAACCAGAAGUGGUCCGAGAUCGAACCCUCGAAGUUCGCUUGCAAACCGCAGAUCAUCUACCCGCCACCGGACAAAACCACCACGGUCGAGGCCCUCGGGGAAGAAGUGACGCUGAGCUGCAAGGUAGCAGGCAACCCUCAGCCUGAGGUCUACUGGGUUGUCAACUCCAGGAUCAUCUCCAACAGUACCAGAUCUAGUUAUGGAGAUUCGAGGUACACUGUUCGCGAAGGCGGUGGCUGGGUUAACCUGACUCUCGGCAGAGUUCGAGUCCAGGAUCGUGGGGAACUGACCUGCGUGGCUAAGAGUCCAGGGGGUGUGGACGAGCGCAAUGUCACCCUACUCGUCCCCCCCGGCUCCGGACAUCCCCACUCCUCCAGGGGUGGAGAGAACUGGCCACUGAUCCUGGGAUUGAUCACGGGUCUGAUCGCACUGCUGGUCGUGGUGCUGGUGCUGUGUUGCUGCCUCUGCCGCAGGAGUCGCCGCCGCCCUCCACCCAAGAAAAUGCCCGACGCCCCGAACGGCGAUCUCGCACACCCAGAGAAGAGCCUGCUCACGGUGGUAAAUCCUGUGCAGAAGCCACCGCGUCGCUACGAGGACAGACCGGCUGAACUGGCCGAGGUCAACCGAAACCUGCUGGACGACACGGGUACCAGUGUUGGGGGUGACUUCGAGGACAGGUCCACUGAGUCCGCAGCCACAACUCCCUGCGUGGAACCUCCCCACUACCCUCCCGAUUUGUUGGCCUUCCCUCGAGGCAUGAGCAGUCCGCCACACCUCUCUUCACCCACCCACGGCACAUUGCCAUACUCCAGGUCUCAGUCACCGUUCUCACCCACACGUCCCGGGUAUGUAACCAUACCCAGGAGGCCCAGGGUGCCCAGCUGGUCCAGUGCUCCCACCCCGACACUACUGGAAGAUCCCCUGGGACUACUUAAGUUGGAGCCGGUGUACGACAACCUGGGUCCUCGCACCACGGCAGAUGGCAGCUCUGUGUUGAGUCUUAACAAGAGUGUGGCAGAGCCUCAAGCCAGGCCUCGACCUCAGGUCCCACCUCAACACUGCAGCACUCUGCCCACCCCACGCAAGGUGCCCCGCCAGGCCCCCGAGGGUGCCCCGCUCCCACGCACAGUGUCUGCUGAGGGUCCGCUCUCACCUACUAGGCCCAAGGUGCCGCCCAAACCUCCGCCAAAGCCCAAGAAAAACGGACCCCUGUACGAGGACGAGGGAGAAGAUGGCACAGAAGUCUGAGGUCUGGUGUUUCCUCGUCUGGGUAGCUGGCAGAUAGCAGCUGUGUUCCUGGCCUGAGGGGUGGCACUGUGCCGGGGGUGUGAAUAGUUACGACAGGGUACAAGAAACAUGACAUUUGUGUUAGGAUUACGGCAGCUAAUUAUUCCGGAAGUCUCAUCAACCUUAUGGCGUCGUAAGAUUUCCGUGAUGUAGUCGAGUAUGAAACUUUUACUGCAUCGGUAGCUAGACCUUUCCCGUGCACUAUGAGGUGGUUCAUCGGAAAGCAGCUCACCUACUUUUAGUGCAGACAAACGAAUAGCAAAAUAGUGUAAAAUAUUCUCUACUGAAAUGAUCUAUUUGAUGACAACAAAUACUUGUGUUGUUUCUGAGAACCAUGACUCUUCAAUCAGUAUUAACUGGGUGCAUGUUUCAAGGUUCUUCUUCAGAGUAUAGAAUGCAGUUGCGAAAUUGUUUUCAGAUUAUCUGCUCCAAGUUUGUUUACUUUGUAAAUAGUUCCCCUCAGAGAUAAAGAUCUCACUCAGACAAAUGUACCAACUGCAUUUCUUACUUGGAAUAACCUUUGUGUGAGCUGCUUGUAAAUGAACCAUUUAAAUUGAUAUUAUAUAAUUUCUAAUUCCUUCAGAAGUUAAAAACUGUGUUUUUCAACUUUCUAAUAUUUAUCUUUAGAUUCGUUUAAAUUUCUAGGUGCUUUGAAGUUUUAAUUAAACCGUUAGUAAACAGUAAAAUAAGUAGUAAAACUUGACGAACAAGCAUUGAGUUUUAAUUUACUUGUUAGAUGUAUGUUGGUUGAUACCAGUUAGAAAAUUUAUCACGGUGCCUCUGUUUGGUGACAAAAUCUACUUUUAGAUUUGGAGUUAGAUAAUAUAUGUAUGUUGUAGCAUAAAAUGACAUAGUUUUUAAUUUUCUUCUCGUAUUAAAGUGUUAGUUUCACCAUUUUUGCAUAAGUGAUU